UGGUCAGGGGGUCCUUCAACCCAACUGAUCCAGAACACAGGGGUUUUUGUAUCUUUUGGGAAGUCAUGGCUCGCAUUAAAGGUGUGCACGGGCCAUUUUUACUGAUUUUGUUGGAGAUAACCAUCAUCUGCACGGCACAGAGGGAUGGAGGUGGCCCUCCCGGCCCUCCAGGUGUGCCUGGAAUAGACGGCAUUGCUGGGGAGAGAGGGGACCCUGGUGAAGAAGGCUCUGCUGGUCCUGAUGGAGAUCCUGGGAAACCUGGUUCUGCUGGACUUCCUGGAUCACCUGGAGCUGAUGGACUGACUGGCACCAUAGGAGAGCUGGGCCCUGACGGCCUCCCAGGACAGAAGGGUGAACCCGGAAAACCUGGACCAAGAGGAGAAGCCGGUGUUGGACCUGAUGGACCUAUUGGACCACCAGGACCAGGAGGACUUCCGGGUGAGCUGGGAAAAGUGGGACCCCCUGGAGCCAUGGGUGUAAGAGGGCCACAGGGACCCCGUGGACCAACAGGGCCCCGUGGUUCUGCAGGGAUGCUGGGUGGAACUAUGGAACUGUGUCCUAAUGCAUGCCCACCUGGUGCACCUGGCCAUCCCGGAUUGCCUGGCAUGAAGGGUCACAAAGGAGUGAAAGGGGAAGUUGGAGAGCCUGGUAAACAAGGACACAAGGGUGAGGAGGGAGAUCAGGGGGGCUCUGGAGAGGUCGGAGCUCAAGGCCCAACUGGACCACAGGGAAUUCGAGGUGCCACUGGAAUGUUGGGCUCCAAAGGAGAAAUUGGGCCUCGAGGAGUUGAUGGGGACCCGGGCCCUCAGGGUGUUGCAGGGGCCAUAGGAGAUCGAGGCCAGAGGGGCAUGCUGGGAGAAACUGGCCCUAAAGGUGAACAGGGACCUCAAGGGCAGAGAGGCAUCACUGGUCUUCCAGGCCCAAAAGGAGAGAGUGGUUUGCCAGGUGUGGAUGGACGUGAGGGAAUCCCUGGCAUGCCAGGUGCUAAGGGAAGCACUGGAAAGGCUGGAGCCCUAGGGGAAGUUGGCCUUCAAGGACUUCCUGGGUUACCAGGAAGCCCAGGGGCAAAAGGUGCAUUUGGAGAAAAGGGUAAUUCUGGACAACCAGGCCUCAUUGGCACAAUGGGAUCUGCAGGCAGACAGGGCGAGCGGGGAGAGCAAGGAGAGGGUGGACCCAUUGGGCCAAUUGGACAACCUGGAGACAGAGGAGAGCAGGGGCCACCUGGACCAAUGGGAAAACCAGGAGCUAGAGGCCCUAAAGGUGACUUGGGUUUGCCUGGGCUUCCCGGAUCACCAGGCCUGCCAGGAGAAAAAGGAGAGAGGGGUGAAGGAGGUGAACCUGGACCAAAGGGAGAACAGGGAGAUCAAGGUGCAGAAGGAACACCAGGAGACAAGGGAGAUGUUGGUGACCCUGGACAAGCUGGAGCUAAAGGCGAAGUUGGUAACCAAGGAGAGCCAGGUAAGAGAGGCCCAGAAGGUGCCCGUGGGCAGCCUGGCAUUGAGGGGCCUCCUGGUAGUCCUGGACCACGUGGCAUGCAAGGGGAUAGAGGGGCACCUGGACCUCGUGGCACACAAGGGCCAGCGGGUAAAGAACCAAGGGAUCAACACAUCAGACAAGUGUGCAUGCGCGUGAUGCAAGAGCAGCUGGCCCAGUUGGCUGCCAGUCUGAGGAGACCCGAGUCUGGUGCGGCCGGACUGCCUGGCAGGCCUGGUCCCCCUGGUCCUCCAGGACCCCCAGGUGACAACGGCUUCCCUGGGCAAGCUGGUGCAAGAGGACUCCCCGGACUCAAAGGGCCUCCAGGACUUAUGGGUGUCAAAGGGCCAAAAGGUGAGAUGGGAGACAGAGGAGACAGAGGACUUACAGCUCGGGGACCCAAAGGCAUGCCAGGACCUCCUGGCCUACCAGGUGAACCAGGAAAACCGGGAUAUGGUCAAGAUGGGCGUGAUGGGGAGCGGGGUCCACCUGGUGUCCCGGGACAGCCGGGUGUUCCUGGGCCUCCUGGUCGAGCCGGCCCCCCUGGUUACUGCGAUCCUUCAGCCUGUAAUCUCAGUGCAGGGGCCGCCCAUCAGUCCCUUAAAGACUCUAGCAUGAAGGGACCAGGUGGCAACUAAUGCCACAAUGUUGGGACAUCAGAAACCGUUGGAUUCAGAGAGACUAAGUGAUUCUGCGAGGAUCACAAUCCAAUACAUUCUCAUCGCCUUUGCAGACAUAUUUACAUUUGUACCAAUGCACCAUAAAGAGUUGAGUGUGUUUUAAGCUACAUCUGUAAUACUUAAAACAUUUUUCCAACUUCUUAUGUCUAGUAAAUGGCAACAUUGUUCAAGCAUAAGACCUGUUUAUUUUUUCACAGAAUGUUUUUGCAACUUAUUGUAAAAUUCACAGUGUGAUUGUUUUCCCUGAAAGCCAUUUCCUGUAGACUCUUCUUAUAUAUAUAUAUAUAUAUAUAUAUAUAUAUAUAUAUAUAUAUAUAUAUAUAUAUAUAAAAAAACCACAGUAAUAUAUGUUUUUUUAAUUUUUUUUUAAUCUUCUCUGGGAAUGGAACAAUCAUCUAGAUGGCUCUCAGACCAGGAGGCAUUUUUAAAUUUCUAGGUAGCAAAUACUGUGUGCCAAAGAUAAACUUGCCAAAAAUGUUGAUGGUGUUUGCUGUUUAUACGGAAAUGACUGCGAGGGACCUACUGUCAGAAAAAAGGAGAAAGGAUAUACAUGUAACAUAUUCACUGGAAAAAUGCAUAUUUGUCAUUUCAUGGUAUUUGUAUUUAUUUUACAUAGGUGUUUAAUGAAGAUGACAUUAAAGCUUGUACAGAGAUCCAAGGGAAACAUGUUUGAAUAAAUUGUAAUGUUUUUAUAUGAACUCAAAAUAAACGUAGGACUCCAACAUUCUUAAAAGUUUUUUUUAAGUGACAUUGCUUUGUUGAACAGCCCGACUGCACUUAUUGCAACUUUGUUUUCCCACACUUAGUUCUCAAUUAAAAUAAGUCACCAGUACCAAUAUUAAAAAAAAAACACACAGUCAGAGUAAACUUUUAGUGUAGAUAUUAAUUAAGAGAUAUUGGCAAAUGGAAGUCUAUUUAUUUACUCUGUAACAGAAUGGAGUGAGGGGAACUUGAACUAAAAAACAAAUCAUAAAAUGUUAUUUUAACUUCAAUUAAAACAAUUAAAAACUUAAAUACAGACUAGAUAAUGGUUAUGCAUGAAGAAGAUAAUGCAUGUUCAUUAAAUUAUGUUAAAGUUGAAAAUUUUAGCCCCUAAAUAUAUUUGCCCCAAAAAGCAUAUGGACACUUUAGCCACAUUUACUGUAAAAUAUAUUAUUUAUAAUAUGUGAUAUAAUAUGUUAUAAUAUGAUAUAAAAUGUCAUUGAACCAAGAGGAAUUUAUUUUAAAGAGAGCACAAGCACAUUUUUCCCAAGCAAAACCUUUCACAAAAAGAAGUUUGUUAGGCUUUACAUUUCUAAAACAAUAGACAAAAUGUUCAAAAUUCUGGUAAAAUAAAGACUUUUUCUGGUUGUCAAACCUAAGUGGAAAAAGUCCACAAUUAAUGUGAUGAACUAAUGUACAUCUGUGGUUACUCUGCUAGGACUCUGCUUUGUAACUUAAUACUUCCACUAAAAAGGAUCACUUGGUAAAUUAGUGCAUUUUCAUUUUUACGUCAAUAUAUAUAUCUCAUGGACUCAACAAAUGCAAAAAAAUAAUUUAAAAUUAAAAUUAAAAUUCAAUGGAAUGCUGAAUGUCUGUGAAGAACUUUAGCAUUCUGAAAAUACAAAGCAUAAAAGGUUUCAAGAGUACUGCAAAUCCUUGUAGAGGACAUCGCUUUCUGUAAUAGUUACAGAUAAUGAAACAUGGCAUUGGGCUGCGGUCACACAAAUAUGAGAAACACACAAUACAGUCAAAAUAAAAUUAAAAGGUGGCACAGACCUAAUCAAACCUCAUAGGGGGUUAUACAGUGACAACAUUAACAUAUACUGUAUAUACACGACAACAGUACAAUACAUUCAUCCAAACUAGUAUGUCAAACUCAAAGAAAAGCAUUACAUUUCUACACACUAUACAUGUGUUAGUACAUUCUUAGCUUAAUAUAUUACAGUCUGUAAAUUGCAAUAGCUCUUAUAUGCAUCAUGGAGAAAUGCUAAUAUAAUAAGCUCAAAAACACAAGCAUCAUGUACUGAUUUGAUUAGUAUAUUUGUGUUAGUGUCAAACUAAACAUUCAAACAUUGUCUUCCAAUUCCAUGUUCUUAUUUCCUCUUGUACAGUAUGAAUUUUGUUUGUAAAGGCCCUAAGAGUGCUUUUACCAAUUACAGAAUAUUAUUGUCAAUUGCAUGUGAAUCCAACAUCUUUUACCAUUGUAUAAAUGUACCAUUAAAUAAAGUUGCAAAAUAAAGUUGCAUAUUGAGAGACACGCAACACAACUGUAACACAUGUCAAUUUAAAUACAUUUAUUAAAACAAUGUACAAUUAUGUAAUUAUGCAAACCAAAUGCAACCACAAGACCAAGCCAAAAAAUUACAAAUAUAUGACACUGUAUCUGAAAAAAAAAAAAGAUCUAUUUUUAACAGAACCAAGAUACUGAGUUUGAUUAGUUUGUGAAGCAAUGCAUAUCAGGUAGAUGUGUAGAUGUGGUCUUUUGCUUUAAGACUACCCUUCAAGUAAGUCUACAGUUUUAGCCCUUAAGAAAAAUAUUAAGAAUAUCCUUGGAGUUUCCAUGCUCAUUUAAUAUCUUUAUAGGCCAUGUCUUUAACUACCAAAGAUCUAAAAAAAAAACAAAACAUCUUAAAUGACUAAGUAAAGUCUGUAAAUGGAACCAUGUUAAAUCUGAGAUCUAUAUUUGUCUAAGAUAGAGCUUAUUUGUAAGGAUUCUCUUAUAUACUGUAGAAAUGCAGUAAGCUGAUCUAUCCCAAGAGUCAUAUGAAAUGUACACUAAACAAUUAAAAUAGGAGGAGAGGUAGUCUGGUACAUUACAUAAAAAAAAAUAAAUUAAAAAAAAGAGCAAAACCAAAAAAGGGGACGUUCACACAGAACAUGUAUUUGCGCCCAUCUGUACUGUGUUUUUAAGUGUUUUUUCUAGGUAAACAUAUGUUACCUUUGACCACUGCUCUGCGUCUUGCUGUUUUUUCAGCAUUUUAAAAACUUUUAAAAAGCUUCUCGAGAUACCUACAUUCUGUUCUAUGCAUUGCGCUGUCUCUGGCUUUUAUUAAAUGCAAGAACGUGUUCUGUCUGAACACCCCCUAAGGGUUUACUUUGUCACACCAAAAAAAAAACAAAAAAAAAAAACAAAGUGGGUAGAAAAAGAUGACCAAGGUUUUACAGAAAAGAAGUCUUAGAUUAAAAAACAGAAAUGAGCACAAACAUGCCCCAAAAUGAGAGUGUCACAAAAUUAUCAUACACCCACAUAAGAAACCUUAAUCUUUCCACAAGAGGCAGAUGGGUGAGGUCAAAAGGUUCAGAUUCACUUCUGAUUGAGAUUAGCCUGCAGUAAAUCUCACAAGAAUCUCACUGAAUCUUGAUCAAGACUGAAAAGGUAUACAAAAAAUGGGUGUUUUAGCUAAAAAAUAAAUAAACUUAAAUCAACCCACAAAAAAAAAAAAAAAAAAAAGAAUAAAAAAAGAGAGAAAAACUCAACCCUUGUAAAAUUGUACAUCAAUGAAUAAAUUACACAGUAUGGUCUUAAAACACCUUGCUGCCUGUGAAAAGUAAAAUAUACAACCUUUAAUGUUAAAUGGUUUGCCUUUUUUAAAAUUGUGAAUAUGAUCUUGAUAAAUAUGCAUUAUUAUUAAAAAAAAAUAUUCAAGUAACAUGAAAAGACAUUUCCCAUAUGAAGCAAAAGAAAUCAGAGAUAAAUAUAUUAAAAGGCAAAAUAAAAGGCAUUUCGGCACUCCACAACACUUCUUUGGGAAAAACAAAAACAAAGUAAAUGACAAAAUAUACAUACAACACCAAUAUGAAGGUGUUUAAACAGUCAGAAAGGAAGAACAUUUAUUUUCCUGUAAACAAUUAAAGCUUAAUUAAAAUUGAAUCUCAGUUAAAACAAUUGAGCUUUUACCUCAUCAACACAGCAAGAUCAUCAAUUAUUUUUGUAUAAUUUCUUGUUGUGUUUGGCCAACCAUUACAAUUUAUGUACAGUGGGAUUCAAAAGUCUGAGAACUUUAGUGAAAAUGCUUCUAAUUUGUGUUGUUUUUUCCCAUUUUUUUUUUUUUUUUUUUAGAAUCAGCAUUAACAUUAUUUUUUAAAUUUUUGAAAUGUUAAAAUUUCUUAUUUGGUUGUUAUCCCAGCAUGAUUUGAGACUGUUCCACAGAGCAUCUUGUGUGGAAAAUCUCACCGUUUGAACAGAGGUCAAUGGCCAGUGUCACAAAUGUACUUACAAUGGAUUAGGUUUGCAACUGUAACCGGUUUCAUGGUAUACCACGGUAUGAAAACUGACGGUUUUCAUACCAUGUACAUUUGCUUAUAUACGGUAUUGAGAAACAAAACGCAACCGGACGGAGAAUUUCACCGGCGCGUGCGCAUCUCCUUUCCUCCUCGACUGCCUGUCAGACUCGUCAACUUACCCCCCACACACACAUGCAGCGGAGAAAAUGUUAGAGAGAAGCGAGGUGAGGGGGUCUGACAUAAGUGGGUGUGUGUGUGAGUUGAAGCAGUGUUUCUCAACUGGUGGGUCGCGGGUCUAUUCGGACAUGGUCGUGGAGAGCAGGGAAAGAACAAUGCCAUGGUUCUCCCAUUGAAGAUAUUUCGGCAGCCGCCCAAGUGAUAGUCUAUUUAGGACUGCCGAGGCAGAUUUAAUGAUAAUCUCGCGAUCAGCUAAAGGCUUCUCAUCUGCACUUUCGCACAAAUGUAACGGAACCAGUGAUCAUGAUCUGCUCUUCUCUCUGGCGUGCAUGUGCAACAACCGGGCUUCCCUCAAUAUUGCGGAGUGCAGACCUCAAAACUGAUGUGACCAAUUUCAAUUCUAGUGAGACUUUUCUAGUUUAAAGUGUUACAGAUGAAGUCAAGUCGAACCUCUCAAACAGUAGGCGGCCCUGACAUGCCAAACAGCACUGAAGAGGAAAAGAGCAACACUGUGCUAUGCACAAAUGUUUUUUCAUUAUACAUUCAUCACCUUUGCAAAAUUGUUUCAUGAUUUUACAUGAGUAAAAGUAACUGUUAUAUUUUGACAAAAUGUUAUAGUGUCAUAUGAAAUAAUCAAACGGUAGAAUCUAUUAGACCUCAUUUUAUAUCAACAGUGGCAUUUGUAGUUAAAGUUUCAAGAUGUGUUUCAGCUAGAACUUAUUUUUUCAUAAAUACUAUAAUUUGAUAUUAUUAUUACUAUUAUUUAAGACUAACUACACUGACCUAACCAUGGUAACGAGGAGCCUUUCCUCCUGUGUAAUAUACAUGUUACAUGCUAUGCUAACAUGUAAACUAACAUGCUUUAGUUAUAUAACUUGUUAUAGUUACAUGCUAUUUUUUGUAUCAUGUUCAUAAUUCGGUUUAUUAUUAUAAUUCUGUUAGCUUUCUUAUUUAUUCUAUUUUUUUUCAAAAGGGAGACUUUUUUUUACACAUACUUCCAUUAAAAAAAUGGUUUCAAGUUUCAAUUAUAAUAAAGUGUUUGUUCAACCAAAAAAAAAAAAAAAAAACCUUUCUCUUUUCACUCCUUUAAAGCUCAUUGUAACUGAUAAUAAUAACUGUGUAAUACCGUAUACCAUGAUACCGUGAAACCAUGAUAUUUUCGGAGACAGUUAUCGUACCGUGAAAAUCUCAUACUGUUGCAACCCUACAAUGGAUUAGUGAACUAGAAAUAGUUUCGAAUUUUUAAUAUUUAAUAUUGUACGUCAUAACAUAACUCUUAUUAUUAUUAUAAUAAUUUUUUCAAAAUCCAAAAACUUGAUUUUCAACCCUGGAUUUUCACCGUGUAGACUUUUGGAUCCCACUGAACAUGCAAUUAAUAUACAUGUAUGUACACCGAUCAGUCUCAACAUU